GCAACGUUCGCCACUUCGCCACUGAAAAGAACGCGAAAAGGAAGCAAGCGCGGAGUUGACAUUUUCUUGAGAAGAGACAAACAAAUCGAUAUUUAAAAAGUUACUACACAAGAAGCAGAAAGUCUUUAACGCAAUUUUGUAUUUAUUUUAACUUAUAUAGUAUUAAAAAUUAUAUAUAGUUACAAAUUUACAAGUUAACAUUAAUAGCAAAAAGGGCAGAUAAUCCUAAAACAUGAACAACAAAGCAAAUAAUGGUUAUCCCUAUGAUGCGGCUCAACAAGGCGCAUAUCAGCAAUAUAUGAACAGCCAAAUUCCAGCGCACGCACAGCUACCGCCAUCGUACAACUCCGUGGUGACGAGCAUGACACCAGCCGGUUAUCCACCAUAUCCACCGGGGAUUGUCCACCAGCAGCCGUUCUACACCAACAGCUGGAGCGUGAAUCCGUCCGCGCAACAGGCUGCCCAGAUGCAUCAGUUCGCUCCUCACCAUCUUCCCCCGCCGCCACCGUAUGCCGCUGCUACUCAACAGGCUGCCGUUGCGGCCAUUUCCGCUCAACCCGUACACCACCCGACGAUGUACCAGUAUCCGAUUGCGACUGCUCCGCAACCACAGCCACCACAAGUGUAUCAGCCUCCGAUGUAUCAAGUGCAGGGUGCUAUGUACGACGCCGGUGCGCGAUUCGGAAAAGGUGCCGGAUCGGCUACGAUUCCCCCUCCGCCACCCGGAAUCGCUCCCAAUGCGGCCCAGAUUGCCGCCAUGCAAGGCCAACAAGUUGUGAUGACCAAGAAGAAGAACAACUUCCUGCAUGGUGGUAACGGAGCUGGCUUUACAUUCUGGUAAGCUGGAUUGUCUCGUCACGCACUCACACAAACACACGUAGAAGGCUUUUCUGCGGUGCAAGCGGUUUUUUUUCGUUCUGCGCGCUUGCUCAGCGACACCCGGAAAUCCACUAAAUAUACAGUGAUGAUGAUGAUGAAGAUUUUUUCUAGUAUAGAUUGGUUCAGUUCAGGAGCGUAUAGCCCCGUUCGAUUUAUUUACACCUGGCAGGUAAUAUUUUUUGUUUCCUGCUGCCAGGAAAAAAUGCCAUUGAUGUAUUUCAAUUUGUAGUCAAUUUUUUUGUUCUCCGUUGUUCAUUUCCAUUUACAACUAGAUUGUACGUUCUGACCAUUUAUUAUAUGAAAAUUAAGAGAAAAAAAAACAAUAAAAUUCUGAAAUGAAACGAAA